CACCGAGUCACACAAACACACACAUAUAAAUACACUUUUGUCUUUGCACACAUUUUCUGUCUCACUUGAAAGAACAGUAAUCAAGGGAGUGUCACAUUAAUUAAUUAGUUAUCUCUGAAGUGGAAUUUAUUACGUAAUUAUCCGUAUCCCAUUGAGGCAUUUUGAGCUGUUCAAGUAAAAAUAAUCUGUACAAUGGAAAGAUUUUAUCCAAAUUUCUAUUCUUAUACGAAAUCUCACUACGAACCAUUGCUUUCGAGUCUAUUAACAAGAUCUGAACCAGAGCGUAGUGCUAAACUGCACAUUGACUGUAAGGAUAAUGAUUCCAGUGAGGAGAAACAAAAUAGCUCGUGUAGUGAAAGACAAAAUACGAACAUGAAUGAAGUCACUGAGCAACAGAAUUCUUCGGCAUCAUCCGAAAUGCUUCGGCAACGAAUUCAAAGUGUGGAUAGAACAAAAAUGUCACGUAAUCAACUAGCGAAAUGGACGACAACAGAUUCGCAAAGAUGGGCUCGCGAAAAUUCAGACCCUCCAGGCCGUGAAAAGUCUACUGAAGAAGAAGAUCUAACUGGUUCAGUCUUCACCGGAUCUGUACAGUCAUUUAUAUUGCCAUUUACUAGAAUUAAUGAAUACUUAACACCGGGAAUUAACGCUAAAUAUCACAACCACUCUAGAACUUUCGAAAGUGGAAUCAACUAUCUGAGCUUAGUUUCCCGUAAUGAUGUUCGAUGUAACAUCAUUCCAAACUGUCAGCAUUUUCCUGAUCUAAUGUCAACAUCUUUAACAAAGACAAAUUCACCAAUAAAGCAUAAGUCAAGAUCACUGCGUAAGCAUUCACGUGAAAAAACACUACCAUGUUCAAAUCAAGACGAUAAAACACUCAUGACGUUAGAUUCUAAUAAUGUGUUCAUCAAUCUAAAUGAGUCCAAAUUACAGAUUGCGACAAAUCAGAAGAGCGUACCCCGUUCUAGAAGAUUACCGUCACCAUGUGUUCGUAUGAAAACACUAGAAACGGAUACAAAUUAUAAUGUAUCUCUCGAAACAGGUCAGAACACAAGCUCCUCAAACUAUGAUCUUCGACCGAAGCGAUUAAUAGAAACAGAACGCAUGGUUAGACAAGAAUUAGCGUCUGCAAAACAGAAAUCAGCAACUUUCAAUAGUAACAAUGGCAUAGACAGAGAAGAUCGGAAAUCAGCGAUGCAGAAUUCACCAAUACCUCUAAAAAAGUCGAGUUCUAGUGAGAGAAGACAAAUAAUUUCUCCAGAUACAAAUACACCUGUGAAUGUUUUAGAAGAAAUAAAUUCAUUUGAAAUGAGUGAUAGUGAGACCGACUUAUCUAGAGGAUUGGAAAGAACUCGAGUCCUAAGGAAUGGUGAUGAUUUAAUCAGAACUGAUGGAGAUUCGAAGGUAGUUCAAUUGAGUUUCAAGCGUGCGUGCAGUUAAUUUGUUCCGCUAUCUGUCUUUUGCCUUGUCAUAAUGUACUCUGUAAGACUCGAAUUUUACCAAUUUGGUUACAGCGGAAAUUAGCAGAGGUGGAUUAAAGAACUCUGAGAUACAAGAGCUUCAAGGCAUUAUAAAUCAUAUACGUGAGGAAGAUAGGGACAACAAGUCUUUAGCCAACUCUCCGAACAGUUUUAAACCAAGUCCAAGAAGAUCGAUGUCUUGUCGUACACUUCCUGAUGCUAUGUACCAAGACAAUCAAGAUGCUGUAAGCUUGAGUAGCGUUGCAAGUGACACAAGUGCCGGCAGUCAAACUAUCUCCGUAGACUCAAAGAAACAUGACAACUACUCCCAUUCUAUUGGGAAUAACACCUCAACGUUGGAAAAACAUGGAGUCUAUACUAAACAUUCCAGAUGGUUGGGCAAAUCCAUAGCUAAAGCGUUCAGAAGACGCACAAGGUCUACUACACAAUCAAUCAAUUCACUGGGUACAAUAAAUGACACUACGAUUACGAAUAUGGAGCCUAACCAAAUCAUCAGUCAGAAAUCGAACGAUGAAAAUCAGUUGGAUCGACUUUAUCUGACAAUCAGUCGAUUGCAGUGUAGGAUAGAUCUCCUUGAAAAAAGAAACAAAAAACUACAGGAAACCGUAUCGAAAUAUAAUCCUGAUGAUGAACUUCUAUGCAAUGAAUUUCGUUUGGAAAGAACCAACAGAAAAGUGUUUUUAUCAGAUUUGUCGUCCAAAUUUUGCAAAAAUAGUCGUUAUUUUGUGCCAGUCCUUGUGAACACUGAAGAAAUCAUUAUUGAUUCAGAAACGAAAAAAUCACUGAAAAUAGGAUGCAUUGGAUUACACGAUGAUAUGACUUGGAAUGAGCUGGAUGAAGUACUGCAAAAACUACUUCAGUGUUACAUCAGUUACUUGGAUCCUGAUGAACAUCUGCAACUUAAUUCACUGGAACUAGGGGCGUAUCAGCUAAAUUCAAUUUACAAAUAUCCAGAUAUAAAGAAAACAGAGAGCAUUGUGCGACGUUUCUCACGAAUACUACCACUGCCAUCGCCACAACCGUUAUUUACAACAAAUCAGAAUCAUUCCCAACUGCCUGUUGCAGCUACGCUGGAAACUAGCUGUCAUAUAAACAGACAAAUUUAUUCACAGUUCCCUGUUAUGUGGUUGAAUGAAAUUACUAAAGGGUAUGAUUUGGAGCUAUUCACCUUAUCUAUAGAAAUAGAUUUACAAGGUCGUACUAUGAACUCAACAUUGAAAAGAAAGAAUAAAAAGGUACACCAAAAUGUUACUGAGAAAAUUGACAUGCUGAACUAUGGAUGUUAUACAAGUCUAGUACCAUAUAAUACACUGAAGUCCUACUUAUCUGUCAUCGAAGCAAAUAAUUUCACAAUAAUCUGUGGACUGACUGGAACCGGGAAAUCGCAUCUGGUGAAUAAUCUGGCCAAAAUUUUAUCACAUGAUUCGUGUUAUUCAAAGGCAAUAUACAACUUCCGGUUUACAAAUAACAAAAGUCCAACUGUAAAAGAAAUGAAAAAGAUACUCAGAAAACAGUUAUCAUCCUUUUCGAAAUGUGGUUUCCCCAAAGUGAUAAACUUAUUUGAUAUGCAUCUCUUCCAAGGAUCUGUUAUGGAUAUUUUUAAUGUUUUUAAUACCUCAUCAAAACGUCCAAAGAUUAUAGGUACAAGUGAAAGGGCGGACAAAGAUUUUGAGAACACUUGCCAUGACAAUCAUGUAAAGAUCAUACACCACCUGCCUGACAUAAAAAGUACACAAGAAUAUUUAGAAAGAGUAUUAUACAGAAAUCUUGCUCAAAGUCGAAUGUUUUGUUCACGUGGACCUACUAACGAAGAUGUUAAUGCCAGUGCAAAUAAAGAUCGGAAGUGUUAUCAAUUGAUUUUCUGGUUAACUGAGUUUUGGAGGAAAUUAAAUGAAAUCCUGUGUUCUAUAGCUAACAGAAAACACUGUGCCAUUUUUGGCGUGCAGUCCACACUGAAAUGCCCCAUGGAUAUUAAUGAUUCAUUGCAUUGGUUUCUUGACCUAUGGAACAACAUGUUGGUUCCAGUUUUAUUUGAAAAUAUCAGAUAUGUAACGAAAGAGAAGUCAAACAAUGCCUACAACAUGUUAUUGACUGAUUUUAUUGCAUGGACAAGUACUACAUGGCCAUGGGAUAGAAGCAAAAUAUACUUCCCUACUUCUUUGAAAAGCCCGAAAAUAUGUCUAACUCAGAAUCCAUCGAGUACUCAGAACUUCCAAUCUAUUCAGUCUCUCUCUAGUUCCCUGGAUGCGGAAGUAUGCAAAAAUCGAACAAGCAUGGAUUCAGGGAUUAUUCUGGAUGGGAUGUACCCAACAAAUGCCUGUAGCAGUAAUGAUGUGGAACAAAUUCCAUCAAAUACAAACGAUUACAUACAUGUGAUCAGAACGCUAUGCAGAUUAGAAUUAGAGUAGUUCAUUCAAUAUAACGAUUUUGGACACUCAAAAAUAUUACCUUUUCUUUAUGACCGUUCUUUUGUAAGUGUGACAAUGAAAUUUAUUGCUUAAAACAACAUAUUGUGAAUACCAAUGUAUAAUACGAGGCGACAAGUUUCUUUUUUUACAGAAAUAAACCUUCAAGAAUACCGAAAGUGCUCACUUCAGUCAUUUUAACAAAUUGAUAUGCCAGGAAAAUACAUGUUUACUUCG